UUCAUAAUGACACAUUCUCAUGGCUCUUCUUGUGGUUCAUCACAUGAUCACUCACAUGAUGAACAACAAGAAACUUUAGGAGAACAAUGGUCCUUAUAUCGUUAUGUGGACUUUGAUAAAGCUACUUGUUUGAAUGAGUUGGAGACUGAUUCCCUAAGGAAUGUCUUGAGACCUUUCCACUUGAGGAACGAUACAAGUCUUCCCGUUUUAACUUCUGCUGUCGAUGAGCAACUACUGUUAUGGAUACCUUUCACUCAAAUGGUGAAACUGAAAGCUUUUUCUGUUAUUGGAGGGGGUCAAGACACAAGUCCUUCACAAGUGAAACUAUUUACCAACAAUGAGCAAUUAUUGGACUUUUCUUUAGUUGAAGGAGCUAAUCCAGUACAGACAAUACAACUGGCACAAUCUACUUCAGAAUGGAUAGAAUAUCCAACAAAGUAUACAAAGUUUCAAAAUGUACAAUCCUUGAUCAUGUUCUUUCCAACCAACUUUGGAGCAGAACAUACCAAGAGAAGCAGUCCAAACUGUUUACGAAGCUAGGCCGUUGAGUAAGGGAUCCACUAGUGAAG